CCGAAAGUCGCUUCGUUGGCAGUGUCCACUGACUCGCGCGAGUGCGGCUGCGAUUGGCGAGGAGGCUCGUGCGCGCGUGGAUUUGUUUCUCUCAUCGAGCUUCUUCGUCGACGCGCAUUCUCUCCGCCGACUUGGUUGAGCCAGCCCAGGCCAGCAAGCAUGUCCAAGCAGUUCACGUACGACGAGGUGAGCGAGUCCAGCGACCACACGCGCACGCUCAUAGCCGUCCACGACAAGGUGUACGACGUGACCGAGUUCCUGAACGAGCACCCGGGCGGCGAGGAAGUGCUGCUCGACCACGCCGGCAAAGAUGCCACCGAGGACUUCAACGACGUCGGCCACUCGAGCGACGCCCAGGACUUGAUGAACAAGUACUUGAUCGGCGAGAUCGUCGAGGCCGAGAGGCGAAAUCUGCCGAAGAAACAGGCCUUCGGCUACAAGCCGGUCGACAGCAAACCCGACGACAAGUACGUUCAAGGACCCGGCACGCCGUUUCUCGCGCUGGCCGGCGCUGUCGCGAUCGUCGCCGUCCUGUUCUUCUACUACGUGCUAUGAGCGAACCAGCGCUUCGGAAAAUAUUUCAAUUGCCGUUUUCCGCCUUCUUCCAAGUGCGCAGUGUGAUGUUCUUUUGCCAACUCACGAUACUUAUAUGAUGUCAUUCUUUGUAAUUAUUAUAUAUAUACUCUAACAUUGGAUUCUUGUUUAUAAUAAGAAGGUGUGCUAUUCUAAUUUUUUUAAUGACACUAAAGGACCUUGUUUAUUUAUCGCAAGUAUUACACUUAAAAAGAAGAC